AUGUCGGCAUACAGAAUGUUCUCCGAGCGUCAAAUACUGGCGGUGUUCUCUAUUGUGCCAUCAAGUAAAAGAUUAUCUAACACUUUACUUUCAGGACUUAUUAUCUUUUAUUUUAGUCAGCGACUGGACCCUAACCAGAGCAACCUAUACAAUCUCAACGGCACCUAUAACAUAUUGUUAGCUGCAGGACCAACUGAAGGCGAACGCUUGUCGUAUCAUCAAACGAAUCGGCACGCUUUGCCACGCACACGAUUAUCGGCCUACAUGAAAGGAGUUGGUCUUGUGGAGAAUCCACAAUUUGAUGAGGGUGAACGAUCGAAUAACGACAAGCUGAUGAUUGCUCAUGGUAUGUGA